CUACGGACACUCAUCCCAAGAGCCUCACUCGUCUCUCGUCCCCUCCUCCCUCUCACAUCUCGUCUCGCAAUAGCUCAGCGUUCCGCACUCCCCAUCCAACAACGCUACUACCCGUGGCGCAUGUUCUCUUUCUGUUCGCCUCUCCGCACCAACUCUCCCUCCCCUCCACGCUCCCCUACCUCUCCCUCUUCUCCUUCCAAUCCUGGUUCUGCUUCUGCUUCAGAAGGAAAAGACGCGAAAUCAUUCUCCGAACGCCUCAAACACCUAAUCAAGACCUACGGCUGGUACGCCCUAGGCGUCUACAUCAUAAUCGGAACCCUCGACUUCGGAGUCUCCUUCGCAGCUAUCAACUUCAUCGGCGCAGAACACGUCGCUCGCGUCACAGAUGCCGUCAAAUCUCAAAUCUCAUCCCUCAUUCACUCUACCCCGCCUGAGCCCGGUAGACAGGAAUACGAGACUGCCCCGCCUUAUGGAAGUGGGAUGGGUUUGGGGCUGGGAAGAAAGGAGAGCUUGUAUGCGAUGAUCGUACUCGCGUGGACUGUCCACAAGACGCUGUUAUUACCUGUUCGUGUGGGUUUGACAGCUGCGUUUACACCUAGACUUGUCAACUGGCUUACGAGACGAGGUUGGGCUGGUGGUGAGGGUACGAAAAGAGCCGCUAUGCAAAUGCGAGAACGAGUACGCCGAGGGAGAGAUCGUGAUUAAACAUCAAGUCGACGAAGUUAUAUUUAUUCGCCGAAAGGAUGAGACAGCAUUAGGAGAGACGUCUCACAAAAAGCUAUACUUUAAUCCCUACUAUUAAUAUUUUACAAGUACAUGGGGGCAUUGGGGUUUGAUCGCAUGCUCUCGAUAUUCUUGAUACAAAUACAAUGUCCUGUCUCCUCUUGUCAAUCGGAGGCUUGAUUGCGUUCAAUCAGGGAUUAUGCAGAAGUCGGGACUUCGUCGGCUAUCAUCAUGAAAAUGCAAGAACGCCAGUCAGUUUACCAGAAGCGUAAAUAAAUGAAGUAGGGAACGUACGUUG